AUGACGAUGACAACAGAAAAUGAAUCUGGACAAGAUUAUGCCGAUCAUCAUCGAAGUUUUCUAAAUCGUUCUGAACCUAUUAAUUCUUCUCCAUCGUCGUCCUCUUCGUUCUCAUGUUCAUUAUCACCAAGUAUGUCGGCAAUAACAACGCCAAGCAAGCGCAUACAAGGAGAAACCGAAGUCGAUUCAGGUCGAUCAUCAGAUUUAGAUGAAGCAGAGACAACAACAACACUCAAACAAGAUGAAAAUGAACUUAUUACACCCGAAUUAAAACAACAAAAACAAGAUGAUUUAAAUUCGGAUAUUAUUCAGAAAAUUAACAAAGGUUUAUCGCUAGGUUACGAAUAUGAUUUAAUUCAACAUGUUAUUAAACAAAAUGAUAAAGACACAGAUAUGUCAAAAUUUUUAGAAGAAUUAGUACGAACAGCUGAUUCAUCAUUGAAUAACAAUUCAAAUAUAAAUAAAAACAACAAUAGUAAUAUAAAUUCGAACCAAAGUAAUAACACAAUCAACGGCAAUAAUACGAAUAGUACGAUGUUCAUGAAUAUAAAAUCAAAUGGUGGAAUCGAUAGUUGUCAUGAAAAUAUGACUUUACAAGGGAACUGGACACAAAAUACAAAUAACAACAAUAACAGUCAUAAUAGCAAUAAUGCUACACAACAGCAUAUUGUACAGCAUGAUAUUUAUGUAGUGGAUGGAGCCGACAUUGCAUGCAAUUAUGGAAAUGGCGUAUUUUCUUGGAAAGGUAUCGAAAUCUGCAUUAAAUAUCUUCAUUCACAUGGUCAUAAAAAGGUUUAUGUUGCAUUACCAUAUCAUUUGAAAAAUCAUCGACAAAAUCUACAAUUUCUUGAAUCAAAGGCAUUGAGAGAUUUAGAAAAGAAGAGUAUGCUCGUAUAUACAAAUCGGAAUUUUAAACAAACAAAUAAACAUGAAAGUAUUCAACAUAUAAGUGAAAUGUUAAAAUAUGUUCAUAAAUCAAAAGGACAUUUAAUUACAAAUGUUUCAUUGAAAGAAGUUAUUCUUGAUUUUACCAUAUAUAAACAUAUAUUGGAAGAACGAGUUGUAAGAUAUAAAUUUCAGCAUGACAACUUCAUACCAUUACUUGUUGCAAUUACAAACGGGGAAGAUGGUGAAAGUGAAAUGCAUUAUCCAUUAUGUCCAUACGGUAAAAAGUGUACAUACGGAGUAAAAUGCAAAUGGGAACAUCCUGAACGUCGUAAUCAAAAUUUAUUAUCGGUUACAGAUAGUGUAAUAAUGAAGGCAUGUUUAGAAAAAUCAAAAUUAGAUUAUCGUCAACAAUCAUUAGUACAACCAUUCAUACAAUCUCCUCUACCUGAUACUUUAGUAUCAUCAGCUUCAAUACCAUUGAUGAAUAAAGAUGGUCUACAACAUGUUCUAACAAAUAACGGUUUUAAACCAAAAUUUAAGCCGUAUUCAUCAGCACAUAAUACACUAUUACGCAUGGAUCCAAAUGAUCUUGAUUCUUCUGCGACAAUGUUUCCAACAUAUCGAUCUGAUUCUUAUGUGCCACAACAACAGCCUCAAUCGCCAGCGAUUUCUUUAGCACCUACCAUGUACAAUUCUAAUCCACAUUCAAACGGUUAUAUAUUGUCGUCGUCUAUGGAACAAAGUUUAGUAGAUGAUGCUCUGGCAUCGUAUGCAAACGGUCUAGAAACAUCUGACAAUGGAAAUAGAACAGAGUUCACUUUUAUCGAUCGACGUACACAACAAUCACCAACCAUAAUAAAUCAUCAUCAUCAAAUGCACAAUAAUGGAGCUAUAUUAUUAAAACACUCCCCACAUAGUUGGUAUGGUACACCGACAUCAACCGUAAAUUGUACCACGUUUCCAUCUUACAAUAGUCACCCUAUGUCAAACGAUUUUCUGCUACAACAACAACAACAACAACAAAGAAUUGAUAUUCCAAGAACUCUGUAUCGUUCUGAGAGUAUGAUAUCGCAACUUGAAACUACAAUUAACCAAAAUCCAGGAAUAUUAAUGGAUAAUAAUAUUAACAAUUCUCCACAAUACGCAAACGUGCCUUUACAGUCGCCGCCAGUGGUAAACAACGCACCACAAUUUGAUCAGAAUAUGCUUCGCAUGUUUGCGAGACUAAGCAUGCCUCAGGUGUCUUUACAACAACAACCACUAUCAGUGAUGGAUCCACAAAAUUCAAUGAUGUUAAUGAAUAGUAGCAUGCUGAAUAAUAAUCAUAGUUGCGACGUGCAAAGUCCGUCAACAUGUGCUGUUAAUAGUCAGCACGCAUUAUCCGAAAAAAUACAGUCUGUUCGUCAUUUAUGGGGAGCAACAAACAGAAAUAAAGUUGACACACUACUUUUGUAUAAAAACUUUGGUGACGAUAUCAUAGUGAAACCACGAGCACGAAAACGAGGACGGAGUCCGUUGGUCAAUUAUUGUCGGCCAAAAUAUCCAUCUGACCUCAUCGAUCGAUUACAUACCUGUAAAAUUGAUAAUAAUCAAUGUCAAGUUGUGAAUAACUUGAGAGAAGCUGAAUGCAAAUUAAAACAAUAUUUUCAAACGCAUUUUCAUACUAUUCGUGCACAAUUUGAAAAUAUUGAUCCUUGUGCACUAGGAAUCGUGAGCAAACGUGUUUUUGAACUUAUACACAAAACAAAAAUAUAUUUUAGAAGUGGUAUACUCAUUAGUCCUGAAUGUAUGGAAACAUUGUGGAGUUCGUUUCAGAUACCCUGUGAAUCAAAAGGAGUACCUUAUGAAAUAUUUUUAAGCAGAUUUAUUGAACCCAAAUUACAUCAUCAAUUGAUGGUUGUUCAUAGAAAAGCGAAACAGGAAUGGUGUGCUCAAAAUACAUCUGAUCCGAUUAACGGUAUUCGGCAGGGUAAAACCAUGUGUUCUUACCAACAAAAUCAACGUAAAAUUUCAUGUGAUGAGAAUAACUCAUCGAGCACAUACGUAACACCAAAUGAAUGUAGAAAAUUUAAUUUAAUUACAAAAAUUGCUAAAACUGUGUAUCCAUCAAUGCUGGCAUUGAAGUGUGAUCGCUUAGGGAAAACAUAUAUUCCAAUUUCUGAUGCUAUUCUUUCUCAGACAACAAUUGAUGCCAUUCUGCAACGUAUUCGAUGCAAAUGUUUGAGUGACUAUGGAAGUAUUUAUCGAAUGUUUAAAGCUGCAGACACUAAUGCGAAAGGCUAUUUAACACAAGAAGAAUUUCAAAAAAUAUUAAGAUAUUGUGAUAUAUCGCUGGAUAAUGAGAAUUUUUAUCAUGUAUUCGCCGAAUUGGAUAAAAAUCCAAUGGAUGGAAAAAUUCAAUAUGGUGAAUUUUACGUUGGAUUGAUUUUCGAUGCAUUGGCACCAUAA